AUGUCACAACUUAUAUGUUUGUGUACUUGUGCAUGCGCAGAAUGGUGUUACUUCUACGGACAAAGUUUAGCAUUUGAAGGGUUUAUUUGCAAGCAUUGUUGCAGAAUUCUGGAACAACGACAAUCGAUCUAUUUAAACGUAGCUCGAAGGAAGGGAGCUUCAGACAAGAUUCAAAGAGAAUUAGAAAAAAACAGUUUAGAAAUAUUUACUUGUAUGUAUCGUGUUUGUUACCGUGUCUGGUUUACUAAUUUUAUAGAUCAACGCUUUACAAGUUAACAAAGUUAAAAUUCUGUUAUGCCACAUCGGGGUCAAGACACGCUGAUGAUGACUACUGUAGACAUUGUCAAAGUCUCGCUUUUUUAGAUUAACAAUUGAUGGAGCACUGUCCCAACUAAAUGAAAAUUUCUCAAUUACUACAUACAACAGUGAAGUCGCCAAAAUUAAAACAUUAUAUAAAGGAACAUGGGUUGCACUUUUAGCUUAAAUUGUCCCUGCUAAAAGUGUUUAUGUUUUACGAUAAUUGUUUUUUAAUUUUAUAGAUCUACGCUUGACGAGUUACUGUGCUUGAGAUUUUGUGAUGCCACUUUGUGGGUCAGAAACGUUAAAGAUUAUAUCUGUUGACAUUGUGUUCAACUAGGCUUUUUUCAAUUAACAAUCUAUGGACCAUUUUUAAUCGCAAUAUUUCGUCGCACAAGUUGUUUGAUAAUGAAAUAAUACAAAUUAGAAAAUUACACAACGAAACCUGCAUAUCGCUUUUUGAUGAAUGAUUUUGUUUUUCUGUUUUAGUAACAUGUUAAAGGUGAUUGUGUCUCAUAAACCAUGUCUGUUUACGCAAUGGAUUUCAGUGUAUAAUAGUAUGUGUUAGCACUUUAAAUUGAUGAUCUUUUCAAUGAUGAAUUAUUUAUUGAUAAAAAUAUUAUGGAAUAUUAUAGGUAUUUAGACGUUAGGACAAUUAAACAUGGAACAUUAUUUUAAUGCAAAGCGUCGAUUUCUAAAUGUGUAUAGUCAAUCGCCACAGGAAAGAACGUAGAUUAAUAUAAUUCCUUGAUCAUCUUAUUCCAGAUCUAAGCUUCAAUCAUUAAGAAUUCUGCUGCUUUGUAUGUUUACGACAUGCCUGUCCACAGAUUUAAGUCGACAUUCACACUGUUCCUGCCUCUUUUGUGUCAAAAUCUUAAUAGAUCUCUUAAUUUAUUUUACAAAAGGGGUUUUGUUUUCGAAUGAGUUGUGCUUCAAUGUAGAGGCAGAAAUGAAUCAACUGUAUGAGAGAAUUUGGUUAUCGUAGCUCCGGGUGUAAAUAUAGUGUGUCUCUUUUCAUAAUUGUAAAUAACUGUAGUUUGAUGUAAACAUAAUUUUUUCUGAAAGAAAUUAGCAUGGCGGCAUCCUUUCGUUCUCAUAUUUUCAAAAAGUUUCAAGUCUUUUUCAUGGUGAGUUUUUGUUGUCUUUUUAUAGGAGUGAUGUUUAGUAUAACUGUUAUACAGCAAGACAAAUGGCUGCAACGUUAUCUGACUUUUCAAAUGUCCCAAAUGUAAAAGGUUUAUUAAUAAAACGAUUUGAGUGGUAUUGUAGAUUAUUUAUUGAUAGAGGGGAAUAACAUUGACGUAGAAUUGACGUUGAUAAGAACGCGAUUUCUCACAGUAUUGAUGUAAAAUAAACGUGGAUGACCCUAGUCACGUCAAGAGAAAGGAGACUCACAAGAAGGAAUCAAACGUAACAGCAUACAAUUCUUUUAGGGUCUUAUAAUAGUAGGGCCUGGGUACGAGGGACGGGACCACGUGCUACUACCCCACCAAUGAACUUUUGCACGCGUAAGCAAGUCAUUAUUUAAAACAAAAACAAUGUAAAAUUACAAAAAGUUACAUAAAAUUAUUUGCAUCUUUAGUUCAGGAACGUGAUAAAAACAUAUCUCAAGUUAUUUACAUAUUUGUUUUUUCCAACAUUUUAGAUCCAUUUCUCUGAGCUGGCAAAGAAAUAUGGGACAUCCGAGAAGACAAAAGUUGGAAACAUGGUGGUGAAUGAAUCUGUAAUCAGAAAUGAUGUACAUUUAGAAACCUUCAAGAACGACCCACUUCCACUUCCACUUCCACUUAAAAGAAGAAUGAUCUACUUCCAAGAACUCAGCUUCAGAAAAGCUUUAAGGGGAGAUCACAACACCAGUGUCUUGCACAAGUGCAGCCAUAAGGGAAACCUCACAAUAACAAAUUAAAAAUGGAGAAUACUGCUUGGGCGAGUUUAUUGCUCCAAAAUCCUACCACAAGCUGACAAUGGAUUCUAAUGGUACUCUUGAGAAAGAAUGUUUCACAGGAAGUGACAGAAAGAUACCUUUGGUAGAAAUAAGGAUGAAUCUUUUGAAUGAUCAUGAGAAAUUGGGCUUGGUAAGAGACCACUCAGAAGCUCAUUACGAGGCUAUGACAUAUGAGGAGCUGGAAAUUCGCUUAGAGGAAAUUGGAGUGUUUAAAGAGAAGCCUAAUAGGUGGAUGACAAGGGAGGAACUGGUUAGCUCACUAAAACACUUGAAGCGAUCC